AUGCCUCAUCAGUCCACUCACCACAGCUCUGGGCUCAAGCACUCCAGCUCCUGCUCUGUUUCUUUACCUAAACAUGUGAGCACUCACAGCAUCUCCUCAUACUCACCAAAACAUGGUGGCUCUUCCCACAAGGCAGUGCAUUGCUUUAGCAGUAAAAGCGCCUACAGUCUUGGAUCAAAAGGACACAAGAUCUCAGUAGGUAAAGGCUGUCAUGGAUCUGGAUAUGGUUUUGGAGGAUCUGGUUAUGGAUUUGGGGGGUCAUCUUGUGCAGGAGGUAUCACUCCUGUUACUGUGAACCAAGGUCUUCUGGCACCUCUCAACUUGGAGAUUGACUCAAACAUCCAGAAAGUAAGGACUGAAGAGAAGAAUCAAAUUAGGGGACUCAAUAACAAAUUUGCUUCAUUCAUUGACAAGGUUCGAUUUUUGGAACAACAGAACAAAAUGCUUGAGACCAAAUGGGCUGUGUUACAGGAUCAGACUACAGCCAGGUGCCAAGUUGAACCCUUGUUUGAUGCUUUUAUCAGUAAUCUCAGGAGACAACUAGAGAAUCUGGGAUGUGAGACAGCUCGUUUGGAUGCUGAAAGAAAUAGUAUGGAGGAAUCAGCAGAAGGUUUAAGGAGCAGGUAUGAACAAGAAUCCAACGGUCGUGCUGCUGCAGAGAAUGAAUUUGCUGCACUAAAGAGGGAUGUCGAUGCCGCAUUUUUGAAUAAAGCAGAGCUGCAAGCAAGGGCUGACUCCCUGAGCGAUGAGAUCAACUUCCUACGAACUGUGUUUGAUGCUGAAAUUGCUCAGCUCCAGGCUCAGAUCUCAGACACAUCAGUGGUGGUUUCCAUGGAUAACAACAGAGACCUAGACCUGGACGGUAUUAUUGCAGAGGUCAGAGCUCAGUAUGAGGAUAUCGCUAACAGGAGCAGAGCUGAGGCUGAGGCCAUGUACCAGUCAAGGUUUGAGGAGCUUCGCAUGACCACAGGUAGAAAUGGAGAUGAUCUGCAGAACACCAGAAAUGAAAUUUCUGAGCUCAGUCGAAGAAUUCAGAGACUUAAAGGAGAGAUUGAGAGCGCAAAAUCACAGCGUGCUGCACUGGAGGCAGCUAUAAGUGAUGCUGAGGGCCGGGGAGAGGCAGCUGUCAGAGACGCCAAGAAUAAACUGGCUGAGCUGGAGGCGGCUCUGCAGAAAGCUAAGCAGGACAUGGCUCGCCAGCUGCGUGAGUACCAGGAGCUGAUGAACGUGAAGCUGGCGCUGGAUAUUGAGAUUGCGACUUAUAGGAAAAUGCUGGAGGGAGAAGAGUACAGAUUGUGUGCAGAAGGUCCAGUUAAUAUCUCUGUGCUACACUCCAGCACUGGAGGAAAACACUGCUCCGGAGGACUAUCCCAUGGUGGAAGUGGAAAAAGCUUUAGUCAUGUGUCCAAACAUAGCUCUGGUCAUGGCCACUGUUGAUGAAGCAGAGAAUUGGCAAAUCCAUUACUUAAUAAAUUGUUAAGCAAUGUUCCUCAGUGCUGCAAUAUUCUUUCCAUUAAUUAUCUUCUAAACAUAAAUGAUAAAAAAAAGGAUUGUAGUCAAUGGCUUUUCCUUACUUUUUUUUCAUGAAAUUGUACUUAUUAUACUCAUGGCUUAACUUUCCUUAAUAAAGCAUUUUUUGAAUGACAA